GUGUGUGUCAUGUGACGCUGACCGCUGUCCCGCUGCUAUAAAUGCCCCCCAGUAUACUUUGGUCGCUCCUUUCCUUUCCUUUCCUUUCCUUUCCACGCCAAAGCUGCCUUGUGAUCGCGUCCAACGUAGUUUGGACUUAUUCUUCAGUCAUGGCAGACGAGGCUUUUGUGACAUUGGCCACCAACGACAACUACGCCAAGGGAGCCAUGGUUUUGGGCCAGUCCCUCCGCAAGCACAAAACCACCAAGAAGAUGGUCGCCCUCAUCGGGCCACAGUUGUCGGAGCAAUGCCAGGCGGUGCUGAGGAGCAUCUUUGAUGAGGUGAAACUGGUGGACGUGCUGGACAGCGGUGACGCGGCUCACCUGGCCUUGAUGAAGCGGCCCGAGUUGGGCGUCACCUUGACUAAACUGCACUGCUGGACGCUCACACACUACUCCAAGUGUGUCUUCAUGGACGCAGACACUCUGGUGCUUUGCAACAUAGACGAGCUCUUUGACAGAGAAGAACUGUCAGCUGCUCCUGAUCCCGGCUGGCCUGACUGCUUCAACUCGGGCGUGUUUGUUUUCCGUCCAUCUUUGGAGACCUACGCCAAACUGCUUCAGCACUGCGCGGAACACGGCAGCUUUGACGGGGGUGACCAAGGCGUUCUAAACGACUUCUUCAGCCACUGGGCGACAGCUGACAUUUCCAAGCACCUCCCCUUCAUCUACAACCUCAGCAGCGUGGCCAUUUACACCUACCUUCCAGCAUUCAAGCGCUACGGCGCAGACGCCAAGGUGGUCCACUUCCUGGGGAAGACCAAGCCCUGGAGCCACGCGUUGGACGCCAAGGGCAGACAGAUGCAGGCGGGAGGCGCCCAUCCCUCCUUCCUCCUGGACUGGUGGGCCGUGUACGCCAGCAGCGUGGUGCCCAUGCUGCAGGAGCAAUACGGAGACCAGCCCUUCCACACGGGGUGCCUUGCCGAGGUGGUGGAUGGCUUGCCCGUCUUUCCGGUAAACUUCCACUACGGUCACAUGGUUACUGUUGACAGCACACAGGAGGAAGUGGAGGAGAGCCUGGCGUCCUUCACGCAAGCGCUCUACUUAUCCUCACCGGAGUUGUCCUCGCAAGAACGCAAGCACAAAUGGGAGCAAGGUCAGGCGGACUACAUGGGAAUGGACUCCUUUGAUAACAUCAAGAGGAAGCUCGACACCUUCCUCAAAUAAGUACACGCUAUAUUAUUUAUCCACCGCCGCAAGAUAACGCAAAUAGAAACGCUUCCUGCUCGCCGUCAGUGUUUGCCAUGCAUUCUUUUAUCUGAUUGAUGGCCACUACCUCCUGUUGUCCCUCGCUCAUACACGCAUCAUCAAGGGCCUUAUGCACCUGGGCUGCCAGAGAAUAAGAUGUAGCAGGAGGGAUCACAAAUCGAGCCAAAACAUGACACGCACGUGUGACAUGACCAGUUAUGCAAAUUAAACCUCAACCCAGAACCACAAAUAGAUGGCAGUCCUGUGGGAAACACUGGCCACCAUCAGUAUUUGCUGCCGUCACGUAUGGAAUGAAACGGCCAAAAAGGGCCUUUCCAUCGGAGCUUUACCGCCUCGUCUUGCACUUUAGGCGUAGUUAGUAUCCGCCUGUACGCUCCACUUGCCUUUUUAAAACCAUAUCGUUGCCUUUGAAUGGAAAUGGCUUCCAUUGAACUAAAGCGGAAUGUUUACAGCACUUAUGGAGGCCUUAGGACUUAAGAGCAUUACGCUUGCUUUGCUCAACACUUGCAGCUUCCACCUGACCAGGAUGUAACACAACACAACAACUCAGCACCAACUCUACUAGCUUUUGCUUGCAUGACAACUGAUCAAUAUACGACAAAUACACUUGGUGUCAAUCAAAUAGCAGUUAUGAUUUGUCAUCACUAUCUUAUACCGUGUACAUUGUACCUACUGGAGUACUUAGAGUAGCAUUAACUACUUUACCGGAUAAGCACAUUGUAACUUGCACCACUAUUUCAUGUAGUACACGUGUGGUACUUUGGUACCACUUCAUGUAGUACACGUAUUACCUUUUGUACUCUUUGAUGUAAUACACGGAUUACCUUUGGUACUAUUUGAUGUAGUAUAUACAGUGUAUUACUUUUGGUACUAUUUGAUGUAAUGUAUACAUAUUAUUACAUUUGGUACUAUUUGAUGUAAUACACGUAUUACCUUUAUCGUACAUAUAUGGAAUCUACGUGUCAGUUUCUGAGUUAACUAACUCAAAUUAAUUAACGCUUAAAAGAUAUUCCAAUUUACAGAGAUGUACCAUUAUGUAGCAACUUCUUUUCAUUUGUUUUGUUAGCCUCAAAGACGACGCGACGCUAAAUCCUUCCCCUUUAAGUACAGUACUUCCGGUUUCGCCGGUCUA